AUGGAUCUGACGGGCUUUCAAACACACCCUGGAAAUAGCACAGAAACCCCUGUGAUAUCUUUCCACCAUCGAGCUAUUGUUGCAUCAGUCUUGAUUGCUUUGACGAUAAUCGGACUGUUUGGUAAUGGCCUCGUCAUCUUAUCCGUCAUCGUCGCCAAGAAGCUUCGUACGGUGACCAACAUCUUGGUCGUCAACCUUGCUUUCGCUGAUCUUGUCACCUGUUCCCUCCAGCCGUUUCUGAGCUUGGGUCUCCUAAGUCAAACAGGACGAUAUCCUCUUCACGAGGCGGUCUGCGCAACUGUAGCAGGUGUCAUGUUUACCUGUCUCUGUUCCAGUGGGUCUACCUUAGUCGCCAUUGCUGUCGUCCGCUGGUACGUCAUCACGAGAUCUGUUCGUGCCUACCAGGGGAUUCACACUCCAAAGAAAAUCGCCACAGUGGCGGUGCUCAUCUGGAUCCUCUCGGUCGCGUUCAUGGUCGUACCCCCUGUACUCGGCUUCGGGACACUAGGGUAUUCUAAAUACUACGGUCUAUGCUCUUUUUCAGAUACGAACUCGUAUUACUUCUAUUCUAUUAUAUUCCAGGCAAUUUUACUUGUAACCGCCCUUUUGCUUAACGUGACAUUCUACAUUCUUAUUCUGCGACAUGUUGUGCGUCACAACAGGCAGAUUCAGAACAUGAUUGGCAUUAUUGAAAUCAGCAGAUCAAGCACUUUACAGGGUUGUCAGAAUGAGGCUUCGUCCGUGCCUCGCGGUCGUCGACCACCAAAGAUCCAAGCCAUCAACAAAAUGGAGGUCGAAAUCACCAAGAAUCUCUUCAUCGUUGUCUGUGUGCUUAUUCUCUGUUUCCUAGUGCACAGCGUGAACUUAGUCAUCCCCGGUACGAGCGUAGCCACACUCUAUGGCUACAUAAUCUUACUAGCGAACAGUGUUGUAAACCCGAUCAUCUAUGGACUGAAGCAUCCUAACUUUCAGGGGGUCUUCAAGAACAUCCUCUGCUGUCGUCAACUCGAUCAAGGAUGA